AUGAGCACCAAGGCGGAAAUGGUGUACCACCUCCUCACGCUGCUGGGCCACCAGGAGCCGCAACACAUGAGCCAGACCCUGCUCACCAUGUCCCAGUCUCCUCACAACUGCUCCACCAUGCGACAUUCCGGUCGGUUGGCAACACUUUUGGUUGAGCCGCAACACAUGAGCCAGACCCUGCUCACCAUGUCCCAGUCUCCUCACAACUGCUCCACCAUGCGACAUUCCGGUCGGCUGUUUGGCACUGCUCAUCCAGUUGAUCCACGGGGACCAGACGGUGUCGAAGCCGCCGAAUUGGACAGCUCGUGGCUUGGCCAGAGUCCGGGAGGCGUUAUAGCAGUUGCGACUCGUUUUUCACCCGUUGCUUGUGUUCCCAGCAGCUCUUCGGUCCCAAAACGUGUACGAACUCUAAUAAGCCCUGAUACGGCUUUUCGAGGAGUCCGAACUGGCCUCGUCCAGCAGUGUCGGCGCUUCCAGUCGCGAAAAAUGAGUGCGGACAGCAACAACGACAGUCAACCCGGCCCAGCAAUGGCGACCCUCAUGAAGCUCUCGUUCGACGAAGACCACCGCCACGCCAUGACGGGACUCGGAGGGCUGCAAGCCAUCGCGGAACUCAUGGAAGUGGACCACCUGGCCCACGGGAUCAUAGGCCUGUCCUCGUCCGGCGGCGCAGUGACCCAAUCGUACUCGUCGACGUCGUCGGACGGCCAGCAAGUGUGUGUGACGCUGCGGCGCUAUGCUGGCAUGGCACUCACGAACCUGACGUUCGGGGACAGUGGGAACAAGGCGACGCUUUGUAGCUAUCGAGGCUUCAUGCUGGCCCUGGUGGCCCAACUACAGAGCUGCUCAGAAGACCUGCGACAGGUGACGGCGAGUGUGCUUCGAAACCUGAGCUGGAGAGCAGACGUCAACUCGAAACAAGUCCUCCGAGAAGUGGGUUCCGUCUCGAAACUCAUGACGGCCGCCAUCGAAGCCAACCGAGAAUCCACUCUCAAAUCCAUCCUUUCCGCCCUCUGGAACCUCUCUGCUCACUGUUCCGCCAACAAGGCCGAGAUCUGCGCCACGCCGGGCGCCCUCGAAUUCCUCGUCGACACCUUGUCCUACGAAGCCGCCUCCAAGACGUUGGCAGUGGUUGAAAACGCCGGCGGCAUCCUGAGAAACGUGUCGUCCCACGUGGCUGUUCGCGACGACUACCGACGCGUGUUGCGAGACCGGCAUUGUCUGGAGGUGUUGUUGGGUCAUUUGAGGUCGCCGAGUCUCACGGUGGUGAGCAAUGCGUGUGGCACGUUGUGGAACUUGUCUGCGCGGUCCGGGGAGGAUCAGGCGACGCUGUGGGCUCUCGGGGCGCCGCAGAUGCUCAAGUCCCUGGUGCAUUCCAAGCAUAGGAUGAUUGCUAUGGGCUCGUCGGCGGCGUUGAAGAAUUUGAUGAGUGCGAGGCCAGCUGGGAUGGAGUCGAGUUUGGAGGGAUCCCUGGGAUCGCCGGUUAGUGAAAGCGGGUUUACGCCGCCACCGCCGCCGAGGUUACAGGCGAGGAAGCAAAAAGUCACUCCCGAAUCGCUAGUCAGCCAGAACCUCGCGGAAACGUGCGAAAACCUCGACCAGAACCUCCAUUCGCCGAUGAGUCCUGGCCACCCGAUGUCUUCGUGGUCGCAGUUGGAUUGCGGGAAGCCACCCGGGUAUCAUGUUGCGUGGCGCCCGACACCAUCACAUGCACCACCACCACAACAACAGCAACCGCAACAACAACCACCUCAGAUACAACUCCAACAUUCGCAGACGUCGCGUUGCUUUGUGGAAAGGUCCGAUAGCCGGGAUUCUGUGCACAGUAUUCGUUCGGAUUCGUUUUGCGAUCGAUGGAAUCGUCACCCGGUGGUUGAGACCAGUGUGAGAAACAAUAUGCCUCAGGCACUGGACCUGAGCUGCAGAUCGAGGAGUCAAGAUCCUUUGUCACAAUAUGCUGUCAAGGACACAAACCCGUUGAAAAGCGUCAACAACAACAACAGCGGCGGAAGUAUCAAACAACCGCAAUCCAAUCCCGCCAACAGCGUCAACAAUAACAUGACCGAGAUGGAAUUCGCCGCGAGAGUGAACGAAAUCAGUCAAAGUCUGGCUCACCAUCAAAUCGACGACUGCUUCUCAUCUCCGAAACACAAAACCGAUGCGUCUAGUCCACCCCCGGAUUGCAAGGGCGACGGCAGCGGGGUUUACGCGGAAACUGAUUUGGACAAUCCCGAGCUCCCGGUGGAUUACAGUCUCAUUUACGCCGAAGAAGACGAUGAGACCAAGUUUAAGCAGGCCAAGUCCGGAUCCCCGCCGAAAUCCGCCAAGCAACAGUACUACGAAUCCAGCUUUCACGACGACGCUGUGAGGACCUAUUGUACAGAGGGUACCCCGUAUAGCCAGACUCCUUACCUGGUGUCGAAUGCGGGGUCCUUAACGGACUUGACUGCGGUGUGUGAGGAUGCCAAUGCGGGGAUCAGGGGUGCAGGUAAACGCGGGCUGUCAGUGUCGGGAAAAGUGGAACAGGCUCAGCAACAGAAAGGCAAUGGGGAUCACGCGAAUGCAGACAAGCCGAAGACGUACUGCGUUGAAGAUACUCCAUUGGAAAUGUCGCAUGCCGGCUCACUGAGCAGCAUCACAGGCACCGCGAGCGAUUGCGGAGCACCCGGCGGCGGUGUACCGAACAACGGCGUCGUUCUAAGAGAGAAAAGUGGUUUAUCCCGUGGUUCCGGGACUACCAGGAAUGCGAACAGCGUUCCCGUACACCAACAGCAAGAGCAGAGUGAACCCACGAGCAGCAGGUCGUCGCUGGGAGUCGAUCCAAGAAGGCAGUCGGAACACAUGAUGUCGGAGACCUCGGAUCUUGGCACUUCGGAUUCAGCUGCUACGCUUACAGCCGGUGCCGAGGAUGCAAUUGAUGAAGGGGCUGUGACACCCAGUUUGCACAAAGCGGGUAAAACGGUUACAUUUUGCGCAAAAGAAGAAGAAACGCCUUUGAUGUUUUCCAGAGCGAGCUCGUUGGACUCGCUGUCGUCCACUGAUCAGCAUUCCAUUCGAAGCUCCGUCGUUUCUGACUUCAGUCGGCGGACGAGCGGAGUGGUUUCCCCGAGUGAAUUGCCGGAUUCUCCGGGAGGCACAAUGCCGCCGAGUCCGAACAGACUGAAGCCGAAUCCCAGAGCUUUCGAAUCCGGCGGCGACACCGACGCCACUGGCGCCCCGAGAGGCGAUAGCGGCAGUAGUCCUGCAGGUGCCACUUCCUCUUCGUCUUCCACGGCCAAUGGGCGUCGGGAGGGAAAACCGAGGAGUCGUGUUUCCAGUGGUGGCAAAGGAGGAGAAAAACGUAAGCAUGAAAACAAUCGACUCAGUGGAGACAUGGGAGCCUUUGCCGAUGAAACGCGUUCGUAUGCCGUAGAGGGAACUCCUUUUCUACAGUCACAUGCGACCAGUUUGAGUAGUUUGGUGAAUUUUGAUGACGAAGACGAAGAACAGGAGGGUGUUGUGUUACAGCCGUGUGCCAAUCAGGAUAGUUCCAAGGCCAAAAUUACUCCGCCCGUCAGUAAAUUGCCCAAGACAAGUAAACCCGUCGGAGUUGUUGAGCCGACGUCCAAAUCGAUGCAGAAAAAUCAUUCCCCAGCAGCAUCGACGACUUCUUCAAAGUCAAAUUUGCAGUCUGAGAGCAAGAUUAAUUGUCCUGCUGUAGCCAAAGUGGAACCGCAACGUCGAACGAUUGUUGAUGCUACGGAAACGCCUCCCGAAUACGUGACUGUGUUUGCGACGGAAGACACACCCGCGAAUAUUUCUCACGCGGGUUCAACCGGAAAUUUGUCGAACCUGUCUUUCCCUUCGGAGCCAAGUUUCACGCAUCGACUCAAACAAAAUGGAGCAAAUGAAGGGAAUGCUGGAUCAAAAAGCCCAUUGGGGAAUCAGCCUGGUUCUGACUCCUCGUACAAGUCAUCCCGCAGCGCAGGAAAAAAGGCGCCUUUGAGUCCAGAAAGGAAGAAGGAAGAGCCCAAGAGGCUGGUUGCGUGUGACGACGAGGACGGUGACGACGACGACGUUUUGUUGCAAUGCAUUCAGUCAGCCAUGCCCAAGAAAAAGGCGCCUGCAGUUGCUGGAAGUGGCGGCGGAGCCAUGUCGACUACCACUGCAAAGUCUAGUAGCGGAAGAACAAGCAGUCGAGAGAAAUCUUCUAGUAGACGCAGUCCGUCGAAAACUUCGUGA